GAGCCUGAAGUAACCGGAUAUCCGCCGAGGCAGAAAAACAAAACAGUGUUGAUUGUAGAAGCAGACGACGACCAAACCGAAAGUCCGCCAUGGCCAGAUCGACAAGCAAGGACGCUCAAGCUCUCUUCCAUUCCCUCCGUUCCGCUUAUUCCGCCACACCCACUAACCUCAAGAUCAUCGAUCUAUACGUCGUUUUCGCUGUCCUCACAGCUUGUAUUCAGGUAGUUUAUAUGGCGAUUGUUGGAUCCUUCCCAUUCAACUCUUUCCUUUCAGGAGUGCUUUCUUGUAUUGGGACAGCAGUCCUUGCUGUUUGCCUUCGCAUCCAAGUGAACAAAGAAAACAAGGAAUUCAAGGAUUUACCACCCGAGAGAGCUUUUGCAGAUUUUGUUCUCUGCAACUUGGUGCUCCAUUUGGUUAUAAUCAACUUCCUCGGAUAAUUAAGCAUCUUUAGUUACUGUUGUAGGAUUGAAAAUCAGACAACUAUCAAAAUUAUAUGCCUCUUUGAUACAAUAUUCCUAGUUGGCACAUUUGUGGAGCUCAUGAUGUAUGAAAUCGAACUAAAUUAUCGGUCGAGAAUUUUACAUUGAUGGAUACAUUAUAUUAAAACAGGUUUUUCUAGUUUUCAGCAUCAAAGUCUGUUGCUUGGUGAAUG